GUCCCACCCGCCGCCGCAGCCCUCCUCCCUCGCUGUCUUACGGCAUUUGCCUGAGUCGGCCUGACGGCGCCUUUGCGACGCCAGUCCUCGCUUGACGGAGAGGAAGCCGGAAGUCGCCGCCGCCGUCGUCCCCUCCCCGUCCCCGCCCGCCGGGUGCAGCCGGAGGUUGACAGGUCGAGGCGGGGAGGCGGCGGCGGCGGCACAGCCGGACGCCCGACACGGAGACUCCAUGGGGAACGCUCCGAGUCACAGCAGUGAAGACGAAGGGGCUGCCGCCGGGGGCGAGGGCUGGGGCCCGCACCAGGGCUGGGCGGCCGACUCGGGCACGGUUGCCGGCUCGGGCCCCGCGGCUCCGGCGCUGCCGCCCGCCGCUGCGCUGCUGGAGCCGGCCCGACUGCGAGAGGCGGCGGCGGCGCUGCGGCCCGCUCCGCCCUGCGAGUCUCUGGUGUCCAGGCACCACGGCGCGCUGCUGCGCUGGCUGGAGGAGCGGCUGGGCCGCGGUGAGGAGUCCGUCACCCUGGAGCAGUUCCGGGAGCUGCUGGAGGCUCGCGGCGCCGGCUGCUCGGGCGAGCAGUUCGAGGAGGCCUUUGCCCAGUUCGACGCAGAGGGCGAUGGCACUGUGGACGCCGAGAGCAUGCUGGAGGCCCUCAAGCAUUCCAGCGGCGCUAACCUCCAGGGCGAGCUGAGCCACACCAUCCGGCAGCUGCAGGCCUGCUCCCUUGUCCCAGGUUUCAUCGACAUCUUCUCAGAGUCGAAGGAGGGGCUGGGUGUGCACGCGUCCCUGAUCCUGCGCUUCCUGCACCGCAACCGGCUCUCCGGCACAGCCGUGCCCUGCCCCAUGCUGGACCACUGCGCCAACGUGUGUGCCAUGAGGGCCUCUGUUCUCAAGGAGUCCUUGGACCAGCUGCUCCAGAGGGAGAAGGAGAGUCCUGGAGAUCUAACCGGAAGCCCGGAGAUGGAUAAACUCAAGUCAGUAGCGAAGUGUUACGCUUACAUAGAAACCUCGUCAAACCCUGCUGACAUUGACAAGAUGACAAAUGGAGAAACGUCAUCGUACUGGCAGUCGGAUGGCAGUGCCCGCUCGCACUGGAUCCGCUUAAAAAUGAAGCCAGACGUUGUGCUUCGACACUUGUCCAUAGCGGUGGCUGCCACUGACCAGAGCUACAUGCCGCAGCAGGUGACAGUAGCCGUGGGGAGGAGUGCCAGUGAUCUGCAGGACGUUCGCGACGUGCACAUUCCCAGCAAUGUCACCGGCUAUGUGACUCUGCUGGAGAAUGCCAACAUCAGUCAGCUCUAUGUCCAGAUUAACAUAAAACGUUGUCUUAGCGAUGGAUGUGACACUAGAAUUCAUGGUCUGAGGGCUGUUGGCUUUCAGAGAGUUAAGAAGUCUGGGGUCUCGGUGUCAGAUGCUUCUGCAAUCUGGUACUGGUCUCUGCUGACCUCUCUGGUGACGGCGUCCAUGGAGACAAACCCUGCCUUUGUCCAGACGGUGCUGCACAACACGCAGAAGGCACUGCAGCACAUGCCUCCGCUCUCCCUCUCACCAGGAUCUACAGAUUUCUCUACUUUCCUGUCUCCCAACGUUCUAGAAGAAGUGGACAGCUUCCUCAUACGGAUAACUAGCUGCUGCUCGACUCCUGAGGUGGAGCUAACCCUUCUGGCCUUUGCACUGGCAAGAGGAAGUGUUGCCAAAGUGCUGAGCUCUUUGUGCACCAUCAGCGAGCACCUGGACACGCAGUACGAUGCCUCGUCCCUCAUCGCCUCCAUGGCGUCCGUCAGGCAGAGCCUGCUGCUUAAAUACGGUAAACCUCUUCAGCUGAUCCUUCAGGCCUGCGAUGUCAAAGGGAAAGAAGAGAAGUCAGGCCCAGAAAACCUCCUGGUGGAGCCGUGGACCAGAGAUGGGUUUCUUACAGAGACUGGGAAGACCAGAGCAAGUACCAUUUUUUCUACAGGAACUGAAUCUGCAUUCCAAGUUACACAGAUCAGAAUUAUGGUUCGACGUGGUGGCAUUGGUGCCCAGUGUGGGUUGGUGUUUGCCUAUAACUCCUCUUCUGAUAAAUUCCAUGCAGAAGAACACUUCAAGAGGUUUGAAAAAUAUGACAAAUGGAAGCUUCAGGAAUUCAGGCAAUUUGUAAAAAGCAGGGCUGGUUGCCCCUCUGAGGAGCUCGGAGAGGAUGACCCCGUUGGCUGGUUUGAGCUGGAAGAAGAGUGGGAUGAAGCGGACGUGAAGUUGCGGCAGUGCAGAGUAGCCCAGUACCUGAUGGUGAAGUUCCUGUGCACGCGCCAGGAGUCGGCGGAGCGCUUGGGCGUGCAGGGCCUCAGCAUCAGCGGGUAUCUGCGGCCAGUGAGCGCGGAAGCGGAGCAGCCUGCUGUCUGCACCCUCUGCAGGAAGGACGGGGAGGACAGCAUCUGUGGGGCCACCCUGCUCCUCAGGACACUUCAGUUUACUCAGCAGCUCGCCCAUGACCUGGUGCAGCAGAAGGAAAGCGGCUUAAAAUACAAAUCUUUUCUGGACUUCGCGGGUCUUGAUUUGCAAAUCUUCUGGAAUUUUUACAGUAAAUUAAAGCAAAACCCGAGGGAAGAAUGCAUCUGUGCCCAAACCCUGCUUCUGCGUCUCCUCCAGAGCUGCUUCUCCGUGCUGCAGAGGGACGGGCCAGCUGCCUGCCCGCAAGCAAAGGCUCCCCGGCAGAGUCCUGCAGGGGCCAUGGCCGCCAAGGAGCUCCACACACAUUUAUGUGACGUGGUGGACAGGGUGGACGGAGACUCUGCACCCGUGGAAACGUUAAAACAAGAAGUCAGGAAUACCCUUCUCAAUGGGGCUGCCGUCUUCUUUCCUGACCGACAGAGCCGGCGGGACCAUCUCUUCGCCAUGAUGAAGCACGUCACCGAACAGGAGCACAAGCAGUCCCUGCAGCUCACUUUCCGUUCGCUGUGCGCCUAUUUUAGUGAUAAGGAUCCAGGUGGCCUCCUGCUCUUGCCUGAGAAGGGUGAUGUGGCCGACCUGAACAACCCUGAAGUACUAGCAGUCACAAGCACCCUCCUGUCCGUCGCUGCCCGAGAGUGUGAACUGCUGGUGCUCACGGGUGCCCAAGGGGAGGCUGGCUCCGUGCUGCUGUCCCUGUUCUGGGCCGUCCAGGGCAGCCUGCUCUCCUGGUGCUUCCUGCAGCUGAAGAGCGCCGACCCCGCAGCCAGAGGCCGUGCCGCCGACCUGCUGGAGCAGUAUGUGAGGCAGUUUCUGGCAAGCAUGAGAGUGAUUUUAGAAUCCCUCUUGUCACAGCACAGUGGAAAAACCAUCGUAGAAAAGUUAUGUAACUCGGUGUUUUCGAUGGCAGCUCGUCAACUGGUCAUCUUCCUGCUGGACUUCUGUGCGUUGGACGUCCCCCACUGCACGCUGCUACGCGAGUUCAGCACGCUGACGGGGCUGCUGAGGCGGCUCUGUGCCGACCCAGAAGGGCCGCUCAAUAAGCUCGACGCAGAGACGUGGCAGCAGGAGUGUCCCGUGGUGUUACAUACCUGGACAAAGGAGUCUGCCCACAACUAUGAAAACAACUGCCACGAGGUGUCUGUCUUUGUGAGCCCGGGGGCAACCUACUUUGAGGUGGAGUUUGAUGAGCGGUGUGAGACGGAGAAAAGGUAUGAUUAUCUGGAAUUCACUGACGCCAGAGGAGGAAAAACACGCUAUGACACCAAGGUCGGCACCGAGAAGUGGCCCAAGAAAGUGACCUUUAAGGCUGGCCCCCGGCUGCAGUUCCUCUUCCACUCUGACAGCAGCAACAAUGAGUGGGGCUACAAGUUCACCGUCACCGCCUACGGCCUGCCCGAUGUGGCCGUGUCCUGGGCGCUGGACUUGCAGCUGCUCGUUUCCCGACUGAUGGGACGCCUGGCCGCCCAGUGCAUGGCGCUCAAGUCCGUGCACCAGUUCGGGAGUGACAUGGUGGUGCCUCCCGCAAAAAUGGCUUCAGUCCUGAACUCCCCGCUGUGGAAACCUGUCUUCAGGCAUCAGCUGAGUCCAGAGUUGGGAUUAGCAGCGAGCUGGCCCACUCCCCCGCACCAGGAUAGUAAGGAGGUCAAGAAUAUCCCCGACGAUCCCUGCCACCACUUUCUUCUUGAGUUUGCACAGUCAGACCCUGCCCAGAACUUCUGUGGGCCAUUUUCAGAACUUUUCAAAGGAUUCAUACAGGCAUGUAGAAAACAGGCCCCAAAGACAGAUAUAGUUGCUGGUUCCACUAUUGAUCAAGCUGUGAACGCCACCUUUGCUGCUCUGGUGUGUCGUACUCCAGGCUUGUAUGAGAAGCUGCAGAAAUAUGUAAAAAGUGGGGGCAGCACAGCCCUGAGCGAGGAGUUUGCCCAGGUCUAUUGCUUGGCAGACGGCAUUCGAAUAUGGAUGCUGGAGAUGAAGCAGAAGUCCCUGAUGACGCUGGGGGAUGAGGCAGAAGGAAGGCGCGGGUCAGAAGCUGCUGAGGUGAACCCCGAGGGCCUGGCAAAAGAGUGUAUUCAGAAGAGUCUCCUGUUACUAAGAUUUUUGCCUGUGGGAGUGAGUUCAAAGGAAAGCUGUGACGGGCUGGUGGCUGCAGAUGAAACAGAUCACCUCCAGCCACGGGACAGGCGUCCGAGGACGAGCUCUGUGGUCGAGGAGCAUUUCCGGGCUUCCGUGUCGCCUGUGGAAGUGGGCACCCCUGCUGCAGGCGACGGGGGUCCUGGCUCGGAUGUGCAGCCGAAGCUGCCACCCAGCAGCGGGCCCACUGCUGCCGACCUGUCCUCUGCCACCACCGAAGAGCCCUUGUCACCUUCUGCCCCCGCCCGGCGGCCUCCCUUCGCCCGAGGACGACUCCGGCUGCUCUCCUUCCGGUCUGUGGAGGAAGCCAGGCCAGCGCCCACUGUGAAGGAGAAGUACCCCGUGCUGAAGGACGUGCUGGACUUCAUCAAGGACCAGUCCCUCUCCCACGACAGCGUUGUGAAGGUUCUUGCCUUAAGGAAGGCCCAGGCACAGAGUGUCCUUGAGGUCCUGAGGAUCAUUCAGUACUGCUUGGAGUCCCUCGGACAGCCCCACUGCUUCCACCCGCCAUAUGUGCUCUUCCUGCUGGAGCUGCUGACCUGCCAGAAGGAGUUUACCAACUACUUCGUGCACUUGGAGGGCUGCGGUGCGCGCCUGCACAAGGAGGUUCGCGACACUUACUACCAGUUUGUCCUGCUGCUGGUCGAGGCGGUGAAAGGGUUUCGCAGCAUAAAUGACAGGUCCUUGCUGCCUGCCUUGUCCUGUGUGCAGACGGCCUUGCUGCAUUUUUUGGAUAUGGGCUGGGAACCCGGCGAUCUCGCCUUCUUUGUGGACAUUCAGUUGCCGCAUCUCCUCAUGAAGAUGUCACAAGAAAAUAUAAGCGUCCACGACAGUGUGAUCAGCCAGUGGAGUGAAGACGACGAGCUUGCCGAUGCCAAGCAGAAUUCAGAAUGGAUGGACGAGUGUCAGGACGGCAUGUUUGAGGCCUGGUAUGAAAAAAUAGCCCAGGAAGAGCCGGAGAAGCAGAGGAAAAUGCACAUGUUCAUUGCUCGCUACUGUGACCUGCUCAACGUGGACAUCUCCUGUGAUGGCUGUGACGAGAUUGCGCCCUGGCACCGCUACCGAUGUCUGCAGUGCAGCGACAUGGAUCUCUGCAAGACCUGCUUCCUAGGCGGGGUGAAGCCCGAGGGCCAUGGAGACGACCACGAGAUGGUCAGCAUGGAGUUCACCUGUGACCACUGCCAGGGUUUGAUCAUCGGCAGGAGGAUGAACUGUAAUGUGUGUGAUGACUUUGAUCUCUGCUACGGGUGCUACGCGGCAAAGAAAUACUCCUAUGGCCACUUGCCCACGCACAGCGUCACGGCCCACCCGAUGGUGACCAUCCGCAUCAGCGACCGGCAGAGGCUCAUCCAGCCGUACGUCCACAACUACGCCUGGCUGCUGUUCGCUGCCCUGGCACUCUACAGCGCACACCUGGCCAGCGGGGAGGACGCGGCCGGGGAGAGGCUGGGCCCCCGGGAGCACAGCAGCGCCAGCGCCCUGCGCAGCCAAUGCCUGCAGCUCGCUGGGGACUGUCUGAUGCAGGCCCACCAGGGAAAAGGUCUGAAAACUCUGUGUCUUCUCGGUAUACUGCCGGAUGGGGAAUCUGGUCCAGACCGCCGGGCCCCACCUGUCGCUGUGCCCAGCCGUGCACUGGAGGAGGACAGAGCUGUCCGCGCUGUGGAGGACCCGUUGCAUGCAGGCCCUUCUGUGCUCUGCCAUGGCAAGAGAGAUGGUCCAGAGGAAGUCGGGCCUUUAGACAGCAAGCAGGCAAGUAAGGCAGACGAAGAAGGCGUGUCAUUGGCGAAGGGUCCUCCGUGCCAGACUCAGGCUUCCAACUCACCUGCGGAUGGAGGCACAGCUCCCAGGCGUCCAGAUGCUGAAAAUGCGGGCGUGUUGUCUCAGAAGCCCCUCGAGGAGAAAGCGGUUCCUGGAAGCCCCGAACAGGUGUUUGCUGAGUGCUCCCAGAAGAGGAUUCUGGGGCUGCUAGCGGCCAUGUUACCUCCCUUAAAGUUGGACCCCACGGUGCCCGUGAUGCCCCUGGAGCGCGUCCUUCCACUCAUGUUCCAGGUUGUCAUCUCAAACGCAGGCCAUCUGAACGAGACCUACCACCUCACACUGGGGCUCCUCGGCCAGCUGAUCGCCCGCCUCUCACCAGCAGAGGUGGAUGCCGCGGUGGUGACGGUCCUCUCCGCGGAGCACGCCCUGUUUGCCUCAGGGGACAGUUCCGUUGUGCCUGACGGCUGGAAGACCACACACCUGCUCUUCAGCCUGGGGGCGGUGUGUCUGGACAGCCGCGUGGGCUUGGACUGGGCGUGCUCCAUGGCGGAGAUCCUGCGCUCGCUCAGCGGUACGCCCCGGUGGCGGGACGUUAUCGCCACCUUCACAGACCACUGUGUCAAGCAGCUGCCUUUCCAGCUGAAGCACACCAACGUCUUCACCCUCCUGGUGCUGGUCGGCUUCCCGCAGGUUCUCUGCGUGGGCACCCGCUGUGUGUAUAUGGAUAACGCCAAUGAGCCACAUAACGUCAUCGUCCUGAAGCACUUCACAGAGAAGAACAGGGCUGUGAUCGUCGAUGUCAAAACCCGGAAGAGGAAAACAGUGAAGGACUACCAGCUGGUGCAGAAGGGACAGGAGUGCAGCGGCUCUCAGGCCCAGCUGAGCCAGUACGCCCAGCACUUGGCCUUCAUCGCCAGUCACCUUCUGCAGACCAGCGUGGACAGCCACUGUCCUGAGGCCGUGGAAGCUACCUGGGUCCUGUCUCUCGCCCUCAAAGGACUCUACAAAACGCUGAAGGCUCACGGUUUCGAAGAGACUCACGCGACCUUCCUUCAGACGGAUUUGCUGAAGCUCCUGGUGAAAAAGUGCAGCAAAGGGACCGGUUUCAGUAAAACGUGGCUCCUGCGGGACCUGGAGAUUCUGUCCAUCAUGCUGUACUCCUCGAAGAAGGAGAGCCACACCUCGGCCGAGCACACAGCCCCGGAGCGAGACGAGCGAGGGGACCCCGAGGACGAAGUAGAGGGCAUGGUCAGCAGCCCCACCGAGCCGGAGCAGAAGAAGCUGGACCCUCUGGAGAGCCUGGACGAGCCCACCCGAAUAUGUUUCUUGCCCCGUCUCUCCUGUGCUUCCUCCCGUGGCCUCCAGAUGGCGCACGACGCGCUCCGUGCCCCGCUGCACGUCCUCCGGGCCAUCUACGAGCUGCAGAUGAAAAGGACUGACUCCUUCUUCCUGGAGGUUCAGAAGAGGUUCGACGGGGAUGAGCUCACCACGGACGAAAGGAUUCGGACCCUGGCUCAGAGGUGGCAGCCCAGUGGGGGUCUGAGGCUGGAGGAGCAGAGUGCCAAAGCCGUGGACACAGACAUGAUUAUCUUACCAUGCUUGGCCCGGCCCACACGCUGUGAGCAGGCCACAGCCGAGUCGAACCCCGUGAGCCAGAAGCUCAUCGCCAGCACGGAGAGUGAGCUGCAGCAGAGCUACGCCAAGCAGCGGCGCAGCAAGAGUGCUGCCCUCCUGCACAAGGAGCUGAACAGCAAGAGCAAGCGGGCCGCCCGCGACUACCUGUUCCGCGUCAACGAGGCCACAGCCGUGCUGUACGCCCGCCACGUGCUGGCCUCCUUGCUUGCCGAUUGGCCGGGACACGUGCCAGUGAGUGAGGACACCCUGGAACUCAGUGGCCCGGCCCACAUGACCUACAUCCUGGACAUGUUCAUGCAGCUGGAAGAAAAGCAUCAGUGGGAAAAGAUUCUGCGGAAGGUGCUCCAGGGCUGCCGAGGGAGCAUGCUGGGGACCAUGGCCCUGGCUGCGUGCCAGUUCAUGGAGGAGCCUGGCAUGGAGGUGCAAGUCAGGGAGUCGAAACACCCCUAUAACAAUAACACCAACUUUGAGGACAAAGUCCACAUCCCUGGUGCCAUCUACCUGUCGGUCAAAUUCGACCCGCAGUGCAGCACAGAGGAGGGCUGCGACGAGCUGGCCAUGGCCAGCAGUAGCGACUUCCAGCAGGACCGACACACCUUCAGUGGGUCGCAGCAGAAGUGGAAGGAUUUUGAGCUCCCAGGAGACACUCUGUACUACCGCUUCACCUCGGACAUGAGCAACACGGAGUGGGGCUACAAAUUCACUGUGACGGCGGGACACCUGGGGCGGUUCCAGACAGGGUUCGAGAUUUUGAAGCAGAUGCUGUCAGAAGAAAGAGUCAUUCCGCACCUGCCCCUGGCCAAAAUUUGGGAGUGGCUGGUGGGUGUGGCUUGUCGCCAGACUGGGCAUCAGCGGUUGAAAGCCAUCCACCUGCUCCUGAGGAUUGUCCGAUGCUGCACCCACAGUGACCUCUGUGACCUUGCGCUGCUGAAGCCGCUGUGGCAGCUCUUCACGCACAUGGAGUAUAGCCGGCUGGAGGACGUGACGCAUCCUGGCAUCCUGCUGCCCCUGCACCGCGCCCUCACGGAGCUGUUCUUCGUCACGGAGAACCGAGCCCAGGAGCUCGGCCUGCUGCAGGAUUACCUGCUGGCCUUAACCACAGACGACCACCUUCUCCGCUGCGCGGCACAGGCUCUGCAGAACAUUGCUGCCAUCAGCCUGGCCAUCAACUACCCGAACAAGGCGACCGGCCUCUGGAACGUCGAGUGCUAGCCUUUGCUGUGGCCUGCACAGAAAGGGGGCGUCUGUCCACAAGCGCUCACACGGACAUCUGAACUCAUUCAGGAAAACGCCCGGCCCCCCUUGAGCUCCCACUCCCAUUCCUAGCAGAAUGCCAGGCAGCCUGCGUCCGAGCAGCAGCCGCGUCACACGCUCGCGCCGGCACGAUCAUGGCAUGUGGGAGCGAGUGCCACAGGGCUGCUCAGAGGGUCAGCCCAGGAAGGUCUGAAGGAGCCUCUCUGGAAAGGGUUCUGUCUCUGGAGCUGCUGCACAUGGCCUUCCUGUGAAGCCGGAGUUGGCCCCAAGCUGCCUUCCUCAGGAGGACCUGGAGCGGCAGCCUGGCCUGGGAGCUCUUCUUGCGGUCUUGCAUCUGGAGACUGGGCAGCCCCAACCAAAGCCGGGGAGAGCUCGUCAUGGCCACCUGCUGGUGCCCACGUGGCCGUCUCACGGAAGUCCUCAGUGAGCAGGUGUCCGUGGUCACAGCCGGUGGGCUGCCCGUGGGCAUUGCUCUCGCUCCGACUCCCCGCACGUCUGCGUUUUGUUGUUUUCUCCUGUUUCAGUUUCCGCCUGACAUUCUCAGAACAGAACCACGUGACUCCCUUGUGAGGCCUCCAGGGGGCCCAAUGGAACAGUCAUCCAGGGGACACGCUGCUCUUGGGAAAGCUUCUGUACUUAAAGACUCGAAGUGUUAUCAGAUGGAUCUUAUUUUAGAAGUAAAAAAAAAA